GCCGCCCCCGCCCCCGCCGCUGCUAUUUCUGCUAAUCCGCCGGGGCCCGGCCGUGCCCAUCGGCAGCCGCCGCUCCCGGACGGCGCCCGGCGCCGCAGCCAUGAUAAAACGUUUCCUGAAGGAGGACUCGGACGAGGCUGAGCUGAGCCAGUUCCUGCGGGAUUGCCCACCAGCUGACAGCUCCAGGAAGGUGGAGGCCCCGGAGAGCCGGCGGGAGCCUGGCCACCCCCUGGGCAGCGUGGCCAGGGUCCCCCCAGACGAAGCCAGUGACGAGAGGGACUCCAGGAUUUUCUCCCGCUCCCGGCCCUCGGAUUUCCAGCAGCACAUUGCCGCCCCCCCGCCCCCCAGCCCCAACCGCCCGCGGAGCCCCUGGGGACAGCUGGACCCCUACGACUCCUCCGAGGAUGACAAGGAGUACGUGGGCUUUGCCACGCUGCCCAACCAGGUGCAUCGCAAGUCUGUGAAGAAGGGCUUUGACUUCACCCUCAUGGUGGCAGGGGAAUCGGGGCUGGGCAAGUCCACCCUGGUCAACAGCCUCUUCCUGACGGACAUGUACAGGGACCGCAAGCUGCUCAACGCUGAAGAGCGCAUCACGCAGACGGUGGAGAUCACCAAGCACGUGGUGGACAUCGAGGAGAAGGGGGUCAAGCUGCGCCUGACCAUCGUGGACACACCAGGCUUCGGGGACGCCGUCAACAACACCGAGUGCUGGAAGCCAGUGGCCGACUACAUUGACCAGCAGUUCGAGCAGUAUUUCCGUGACGAAAGUGGCCUCAACCGGAAAAACAUCCAGGACAACCGAGUGCACUGCUGCAUCUACUUCAUCUCGCCCUUCGGCCACGGGCUCCGGCCCCUGGACGUGGAGUUCAUGAGAGCUCUGCACCAGCGCGUGAACAUCGUGCCCGUGCUGGCCAAGGCUGACACCCUGACCCCUGCCGAGGUGGAGCGCAUGAAGAACAAGAUCCGGGAGGAGAUCGACCACUACGGCAUCCGCAUCUACCAAUUCCCUGAGUGCGACUCGGACGAGGACGAGGAGUUCAAGUUGCAAGACCAGGCACUGAAGGAGAGCAUCCCCUUCGCCGUCAUCGGCAGCAACACGGUGGUGGAGGCCAAGGGCCGGCGCGUCCGCGGGCGCCUCUACCCCUGGGGCAUCGUGGAAGUGGAGAACCCGUCCCACUGCGACUUCGUGAAGCUGCGGACGAUGCUGGUGAGGACGCACAUGCAGGACCUGAAGGACGUGACGCGGGAGACGCACUACGAGAACUACCGCACGCAGUGCAUCCAGAGCAUGACCCGCAUGGUGGUCAAGGAGCGGAACCGCAACAAGCUGACCCGGGAGAGUGGCACAGACUUCCCCAUCCCCGUGAUCCCGCCGGUGCCGGACGUGGAGACGGAGAAGCUCAUCCGGGAGAAGGAUGAGGAGCUGCGGCGGAUGCAGGAGAUGCUCCAGAAGAUCCAGAAGCAGAUGAAGGACUCGCACUAGCCCAUUCCUCCUCCUCCUCCUCCUCCUCCUCCUGGCCCCGAUCAGAAAUGUUUACAUCACGCUCCACCGCCCGGCCCUGCUGCCAGACUCGGUACCAACACCCACCCACAACCUUAAGCUGCGGCAUCGCCUUAUCCAACCUCCCAGCGCCCGAGGGGACAGCGUGGGGACACGAGGGGACAGCUCACCGUCACUCACUGGGCACAGCUUGGUCCCCCAAGCUUUGGUAUCCCGUUUCUCCACAGCUCUGGCCAGCCUGGUCCCCACAGCAUGAUCCUUGUCCCCGUGUCACCCUGGGCUCCCUGCUUACAGCCUUUAUGCUCACCUGGCUUAAGGGAAGAGGAAAGGGGGACACUGGUGCCAGCCCCCCAAAGGCCCCAGCUGCUGUGGGGAACCGGGCUGUUCCCCUGGCCUUGGCUGGCAUGGAGGGACAGCAACUCCUGGGGACCACGGGGGACAGAGGGGAUGGAGGGACAGCCACCAUCCUGCUCCGUGCCAGCACCAGUGCAGGGGGACUGAAGCUUGUCAGUGUCCAGCCCUGUGUCCUCACCUUGUCCCCACUGAUGACAGCAGGGCACAAGGAGCACUGGGGAAUCAACGUCCCCAGGGAAAAUCCCUUGAACCCCAAAUCAGAGGCUGGGCACCCCCAGCCUGCCGUGAUGUUGGCCCUGUAAAGCAAUAAUGAGUGUCCUGUGCCCAUGGCACCUCUCACCCCAUGGCAACAGCACCGACCCUGGCUGGAAUUUCAGCCCCUGCUGCCACUUGUUUGUCUGUGGUGUCCUGUGUGCCCAGGAUGUCCUUGUCCCUGCUGCUUCUUGGCACAGCAGCCCUGUGCAUUCUCCAAGGAUUUCCCUGUCUGUGCUGCUUCCCAGCGAAGCGCUGCUGCGUGUCCCCAUGUCCCCCAUGGUGUCCCCAUGUUCCCCACCAUGUCCUGGUUGGUAUUGCUGCCCUACUCAGACUUUCCCCAUCUGUGUUGCUUUCCCACAGAACUAUGUUGCAUCCCUGUGUCCCCUGGGAUGUUCCCAGCCAUGUCACCACCCUGCAGGGCUCUGUGUAGUGUCCCUGUGUCCCCAAGGAUGUCCCCAGCUUCCUGCAAAGCCCCACUGUGUGUCCCCAGGGUGAGCUCUGCUGUGUCUCGCAGCAUCCCUGGGGAGAUGGAUCCAAGCCCCUCCUGGGUGUGGGAAAGCCCACAGGGGAUGGUGAGGAUGCAGGCAGGACUGGGAGUGGUGGGAUCAGUGGGAUCAGUGGGAGCUCUCUGGCGUGGGGAUGUCCCCAUCAGUGCCCCUGAGCCGGGGUCCCCCAGGUGGGGCGUGCCUGGUGGGUCUGUGCCCGGCCGGGGGUCAGGGAUUGGGGCUGCAGGGUGCCAGGGCAGCACCCGGCCUGUGUCCCCCGUGUCCCCGUGCCAGCAGGGGUCCCGUGGGCAGGGCCCCUCCAGGCAGGGCCCUGCAGGGAAUCUUUAGCGCUUUCCUUUUUUUAAUCUCGCUAUUUUCUUACAGAAGCCCCUCCCUUGGCAUGAUGGUCCUAGAGGCGUUUAUUAAUGGAUCAGAGAGUAUAGGUUUAUAAAUUCUUAUAGAGUAGUGGAAAUAUUUUUAUCCCUCCACAACCGUUCUCAAUAAAUACAGCUGACCUGGCUUGUCUGCAA